UGCUGUCAACGACAUCUGUCCGAUCCUCUUUGUCUUUUCCUCUCCCAUUGUAUCCCCUUGCCGGUGCAUCGGUGCGCCCACGACCGCCACGAUUCCGCACCCCUCUUUCGCACGAGCACGAGCACCAGGACCAGCAGCAGCAAACACCGCCAAGCUGUCUUCCACACUCCUGCAACCCUCCUCCGGCCUUAGCUUUGCCGGAGACACGAAUCGCCCGCCGAACCAGAGGAGACAUUCAGAAAGAGCAGCUUCCAGCAUGGACACCAAGGCAGCACGGAGGAGACGGUCUAGCAGUCUGAUGUACACCGAGCCCCCUGAGUCGCUGGAGCACAUCAGCGACCAGGCCGCCCUGCCCAACCUCAACUCGGAAUGGGUCAAUGCCAAAGGUGCCUGGGCCAUCCACUUUGUCCUCAUUGCCCUCCUCAAAAUCAUCUUCGACAUUGUCCCCAACAUCUCUCAAGAGACAUCAUGGACCCUCACAAACAUCUCGUACAUGGCCGGCUCGUUCCUCAUGUUCCACUGGGUGCGAGGCGUGCCCUUUGAGUUCAACGCCGGUGCUUACGACAACCUCAACAUGUGGGAGCAGAUCGAUAGCGGCGACCAAUAUACUCCGGCCAAAAAGUUCCUGCUCAGCGUCCCCAUUAUCCUCUUCCUUGUCAGCACUCACUACACGCAUUACGACAUAACCUACUUUAUGAUCAACUUCAUGGCAACUCUCGCUGUUGUUGUACCGAAGCUCCCUGCUCUUCACCGUAUGCGCAUCGCUCUUUUCAACCCCGACGUGGAUGAUCGAUGAUCCAUCUGUCUUGGUCUGUUUUUCCCUUUCUCAAGUCGUCGCCGAACUCGGCCCCGCAUUCCUUGAUCAAAGAUACCAAAUAA